UGGUCUGUAGCGUCUGCUGGGAGUUCUGGCCCGCGUGUUCACACGCCGCUCAACGGAGGGAGGGGACGGGGCAAACGGGCACACUGCUGUGCGCUUGCUUGAUGGAGGUGAUGGCAAGUGCAUUGGUGAAAAUGGCAAAAGUGCAUGUGUGCAUCCGAGCUCGGUUCUUGAACACAAGAGGGGGAAAAUGGAGGUAAAUUGGGGUGGGAAUGGAAUACGGGCGGUGCUGCUGAUUGACGCAUGUAAAAUUAAUGUGCUCUGGACUUUGCAGUUGCACAAGAUAGGAACUUGUUAAUUUGGCAAAGUAGGGAGCCAACCCACUGACCGAACUCUACACUAUCUCCCCCCUCUCUCCAUCUCUUUCACCCUCCCUCUGUCCCUGCCUCCCUCCCAUUCAGCCCUUCAAGCGUGCGUAUUGGCUGAGCGAUCGGGCACCCGGUGCCAAAUAGGUGGGCUCAGCUUCGCGCUGGCACACUCUGAAGCAAUGGAUAGGAAAAGAGCAUGGAGAGGAAGAGAGAGAUAGAGUUGGAGAGGAAAAUUGGAAAAAAAAGAAGCUUCUAUCGGGUUUGCCAGCGGUCGUACAUGCUCUUCCAACAUUGAUUCGGUUCUCUCGUUUUUUUUUUUUCGCUCUCCAUUCGCUUCUCUCUACCCCCCUUUCUGUCUCUCUCUCUUUCUCUCUGUCUAUCUCUCGCUCUCUGUGUGUCGAAUGCAGAGCACGCAUAUCUGAACAAACACCACUUACUGCUUUGCCAAACAUUUUUUCUCUUUGUUGCGGUAUUUGUGUAUUUAUUUGUGUAAUUUUUUUCUCUAACAGUGAGUACAAUACUUUUUGAUUAUGAGCGAUUUCAUUGUCCGCUUUCUUGUGUUCAUAUGUAAUAUUUAAUUUUUGGUGUUGGUUUUUGCAAAAUACCCUUUUUUUCUCUCUCUUGUUUCCCCUGUUCUGUGUGUUAAAUAUUUCUCUCUUGCAUUUUUUUGUUUUUGUAUCUCCAGAGCUGUCACUGUUUUACUUCUCCAAGAUUUUCAUAAUUUUUCUUCUCACCUCUUUGACUGGACAUUUUUACAAAAUUUGUACUUUUUGAAAUUUUUCCCUUUUUUUUAUUUUGCAACAAUAUUAAAAACUCUGAUAUUGUGCACUGAAUAAUCGGGGCAUGUAAUGUCGAACUGAGUGUGAAGAAGACAUUUCACUCGUUUUUCCACUCCAAUCGACCAGCAGGUUUAUGAUGAAAGUGCAGAAUGGAUGAAUUCCAUCCCUUCAUCGAGGCUCUCCUCCCGCACGUGCGGGCGUUCUCCUACACCUGGUUCAAUCUCCAGGCCCGCAAGCGCAAGUACUUCAAAAAGCACGAGAAGCGCAUGUCCAAGGAUGAGGAGCGCGCCGUCAAAGAUGAACUCCUGGGCGAGAAGCCUGAGAUCAAGCAGAAGUGGGCGUCGCGGCUGCUGGCCAAAUUGCGCAAGGACAUCCGGCCCGAGUUCCGCGAAGACUUCGUGCUCACCAUCACGGGGAAGAAGCCGCCGUGCUGCGUGCUGUCCAACCCCGACCAGAAGGGCAAGAUCCGCCGCAUCGACUGCCUGCGGCAAGCCGACAAGGUCUGGCGCCUGGACCUGGUGAUGGUGAUCCUGUUCAAGGGGAGCCCUCUGGAGAGCACAGACGGAGAGAGACUGGUCAAGUCCCCGCAGUGCUCCAACCACACCCUGUGCGUGCAGCCGCACCACAUUGGAGUGUCCGUCAAGGAGCUGGACCUGUACCUGGCCUACUUCGUCCACAUGCCAGAGUCUGGGCAAUCAGACAAUUCCAAUCAACAAGGAGAGUCGGACAUCAAACCCCCACCAAACGGACAUCUGAGUUUUCAGGACUGCUUUGUGACUUCAGGGGUGUGGAACGUAGCCGAGCUGGUACGAGUGUCUCAAACCCCUGUUGCAACAGCAUCCGGUCCUAAUUUCUCUCUUGCGGAUCUGGAAGGUCCCGGUUACUACAACAUCAACCAAGUAGCACUCAGCAGACGUUCACUUGCCUCUCCUCCAUCCACAAGGUCUGAGGUGGAGCUGUACGCCAGUCUUCCUCGGAGCUCUAAUAAGCGUAAGUCUAUAGAUGACAGUGAGAUGGAGAGUCCUGUCGAUGAUGUCUUCUACAGUCGUUCUCCGGCUGGCACCAGCUCCCAGUCCAGCGGCUGGCCCAAUGAUGUCGAUGCAGUUGCAGUGCAGCACCAUUUGACGAGUGUUCAAGAGAGGAAGAUAAAACAUGAAAAUGAUGGUGUGCAGUUUCCUUACCAUGGGCUGUCCUCUCCUGGGUCUCUAAAGAAGCCAGCGGGGAAAUUCGAUUUCAGCGCCCUGUCAGCACAGACGAGGUCCCCCCGAAUGGCCUUCACACACCACCCGCUGCCCAUGCUGGCAGGCGUGAGACCAGGGAGUCCGCGUGCCUCAGCCUCUGCCCUUCAUUUUCCUGCUCCCUCCAUCAUCCAGCAGUCCAGUCCAUACUUCACCCACCCCACCAUCCGCUAUCACCACCAUCAGGACCCACUCAAAGAGUUCGUCCAGUUCGUCUGUGCUGAUGGCUCAGGGCAGCCGGGGGCACAGCCUAACGGGAGCGGUCAGAGCAAACUGCCCGGCUCCUUCUUGCUGCCUCCUCCUCCGGUAGCGCGGCCGGUGCCGAUGCCCCUCCCCCUGUCCGAGCACAAACCCAGCCACACACACCCCGAGAGCGGAGGCGGCUCUCCGGCCUCGCCCUCAGCAUACCCAGCGCCAGGCUCCACAGCUUCCAACAGGUUUGUCGGCAUCGGAUCACGGGACAACAACUUUCUGAACAUCCCACAGCAGACUCAGUCAUGGUUCCUUUGACGAGACUUUUCAUAAACCACACAGACACACAUCCACAAUGAAAACUGGAAAUGGAGUCACAAAGCUAAGUAUGGAACUUUCCCACACGCCCCCCUGUAAAGUCUCUCUCACACACAAACACAUGCACAAAUACACACACCAUUCCCCAAACCGCUGACACCCUCUUUGGAUCGAGGGAUCUGGAAGACUUAAGCAUUACCCUGCCAGUCUGGACAGCUCAGAGAACCAAACAAAGGAACGACAAACCGACAUCUUCGUUGUGUUCUCGAGACAUCCAGUGCAUUGACUGAUCCCAUCUACCGUUCUUUAAUUUGUUCAUCCGCCAGUCAUAUGCAAUGGUGAGGAAAUCCAUCUCUUCCUAGUCAGAACUCUAUUCAUGAAAUCAUUGACAUUUGAAAUGGACAUGUAACCUGGAUGAUGCCGGACACGUGUGAUUGGAUGGAGCCUUCUGAUUGGCUUAGGCUUACACUUCCGAACCUGGAUUUCCUGAUUUCAGUGACGCCCUCCAGUGCAGUGUGAACUCGGCGUCCUCUCACUGUUUACCAAGCAAUAGACUGAGCGAAACAACAGAUAACACUAAUGUGAUUAAUGAGAAGGGAUAACAGAAGCUCUGUCCUUAGAGUCAGGCUAAAACACACAGAUGAGUACCAGCAGAGCAAUACACACACGUCACGUCAGCGACAGCACUACACAAAAUCAUAUAGAGCAGACAGACAGCUGAUCACAGGAAUGGGAAGGGGCAAGCACGACUGACUUUAAUAUCAAGCUUGUGACUCAAACAUUUUUCAUUUAGUAGUGUUUAUGAAUUAAAAGGCCAGUGAUUUGAGUCAUAAAACCCAUUGGCAUGAACUAACGAGGGUUUUUAGCGCAUCCAUCACUGACCUCUUCACUACCAUGAGUGCUUGUGCAUCAUAUAUAUCCUACAGUCAGCCCUGCACACAAGGGCUUCUUCUGCUUUACUUUGCAUUUGGUUUUGCAGUACUUUUUUAUUUUUGUGGAUGUCAAAAAAAUUACAAUUCAGGUCAUAUUACCCUAAAACCAAAUUAAGACAAAAAUAUGAUUUAAAGAAAGCUUAUUUAAUUAAUAAUUAUUUAUUGCAAAAUGGUCAAAAAAACCAAACCCAAUAAAAAUAAAUAAUAAAUAAACAAUAAAAAUAACUUUUUCAUCCAUAAUUUACUUUUAGUAAUUUACUAAUGAGAAUUAUGGAUGAAAAUGCUUAAUUGUCAUAAAAAAUAUUGUCACAAUGCAAGCAAUCUCAGUGAGCCAAAAAUAGGAUUCAAUUUCAUUUUGUAAAAUAUUAUUUUUUUAUUUUGACUGUGCUAUGUGACCUGGUUGUGUUUUUGUGACAUUCACCCUUUCACUUGUGUUUGAUUUCUGGUUUUGUGCGAUUUUAGUUUGCAUAACGUAGCUAGCCGCUUCUGCUCCAGCUGACCGAACUGCAUGUGGAAUUGUGCUUUUUUGUUUUUCGAGUUACAGGUAAAGAUCAGCUCUCCUUCAACUAGAAUGUGACUAACAAACAGACAAUCUCAAGUUUUCCUUUUAGAGCUUCAUUAAUUCAAUGUUUUUGAUGGCUAUUAUAUCGACAGUGCUCUGCCCUUCCAUCACUUUACAGUUCGUUCAUAACUUUACUACAGCUUUUUUUUCCUGUUUCGGUACAGCCUAACUCGCACGACAAUCUACUCAAUGCUACCAUUUCAUUUAGCCUAUCAGCACAGUGCUCAACUAAAGUAAAUACAUGCACACAUACACAAACAUUGCACUAUGACACACACCCACUUCCUUAAAGGACAAAGGGAAACCUUUAAAAACAAAUCCCUCUAUCGAACAUGAUUUUACAACAUGCACCCUAUUUAAAGUACAGUAUGUUUCAAUUUUAGAUGAACUCGGAAAAGAAAAUGCUCGUAACCACUGACCUCACUAAAUAACUGGACUGCCUGGCUGUCAAUCACAUGGUCAGGGACUCUGAUUGGCUGAGAGCUGACGAUUUCAUCAUCCACUUGAAACACAUCAAAGUGCCUCGGUGUCCCCUUUACAUGCAAUUCAGGGUCUUCACUUCAUGUAUAAGCUACAGAAAAUAUGUACAAUAUGUAUCAUGGGCUUGGCAAACAACAUAUGAGCAACUGCAAACAUCAUAUUUAAAGAUAGAUGUUAUCCAGACGUAUCGCACUCAUACUGUGUGUGUGUUUGUGUGUGUGUAUAUAUAUAUGGACAUAUGUAUAGUUCUUCCGCUGUGAAAUUAGCUCUAUGGCAGUCUAGUUAUUUUUUGACCUUUGACCUGGGUCAGUGAUGCCAUCGGAAAACGUCCAAACAUAUGAAACCCAAAAACAUCAGAUCAUCUCGUCAGAACCAACAGGACUGUCGGGUCAGGUCAGUUCAGAUCAAAAACAGGACACAAAUACACCUUUAGAACAGAAACAGAGAGAAAACAAAUUCUCUUUGUUGAAAAGUGUUAUUAUUGAGAGAGAGAGAGAGGGGUAAAAAAAAAAAUUAUAUGUGGACUGAGCCGUGUGCAAUGUGUUGGGUAGAUAUCUGUGUUUGUCUUCAGAUUUUUAAGAAAGCAAAGGAAGUGAAAAAAAGACAAAAAAAAAAAAGAAAAAAGGUUGAAGUCUGCAAGCUCCUGGACUCUAAACACGAGGGCCACAAAAAGAAUCCCAGUCUCUGUAAGCGUUAAAGCGGGGAAGUUAAUUUUUACUUUUCAAUUAUCUUUUUUAAUGUUUUAUUUGUAAGCUUUUGUUUUUAAACUAUUUUAGGCGUGGGGGCCGAAGGAACGAUUUUACAAAAGCAAAUGUAUGGCAACAACAACAAAAUACUGGUGCUUCUGUUACUCAAGCGCAAAUAAUACCACACCAGAACGAGACAAGUUUAACGAGCCUCUGUUUCUUUCUUCUUCUCUUUUGUAUUUACCUAGGGGGUUCAUAUUUUUAUAUAUAUAUAUAUAUAUAUUUUGGUUCUGACAAAAGGCAUUUUACUACAACCUUUAAGAGAGCAAUGCCCCUUCUUACUCUUAGAUAAAUGGUGCAUUCAAGUUUAAGUUGGUCAGAAAGAUUGUAUUUAAGUUGAAUGCCGUAAUGAAUGCAGCAUCUGUAAUUAGUGGUUAGGUUGUUAAAAUGAAACUCAUUUUUUCCAUUUACAAUAAAGUUGCAUAAUAAAUUAUGAUAGUACUCCACCGUUGCAAUAUAAUGCAUAACAAUUGCACCUUCAUAAACUGAAUAAAAACACACGAUACAAAUUAUGUUAUUUUGGAGUUAAAAAUGACUUUGCAACUCAUAAAUACACACUUCCCAGGAGGACUUGAAUGCACCUAAAUACCUGAUGAAUAUGCAGAAAGGCGUGUUUUGAUUGGAGGAAUGGCCAAAAUGAAGCAUCACAACUAGAGGGUUUGUCACACGCAAUUAGAUCACGUUUGCUCCAAAUCUCUGCUUCCUUUAGAUGAGAUCGUGUUGAUGUUAAUGUUAACGUGAGUAGGGUUUCAUUAGUCGUAGUUUAGAGCACACAAGGUUCGAGUUGAGAGGCAAAAAAAAAUAAUCAGUGUGCCACGGCUGCCCCGUAUCGUCCUGGAAACAAUUCCUGUAUGUAAAUGAGCUCCCAUAGUGUUCGUGCUGUAGUGUAUAGGUGAGCAUUUAAAGGUUGUCCCAUUCAAAGUGCCUUUUGUUCACAGACACCAUCUUGUAAAUGAUGAACACCCGUCUCUCCUCUUUCUGAGCUUUCUCAAGCUGUAUUCACAGUAUAUAGUACUACAAGAAAAUGGAUGUGAUUUCGUUCUUUUUAUUGUACAAUGAUGAAAAAAAAGUUUAAAAAGCAAAAAAAAAAAAAAAAAUGGGUCCCUUUUUCUCUGUACCUCUGUCUUUAUUAGUCUCGCGCUCUUGGCACCGUAGAUGUCUAUCCUUAUCUUUCCUCCCUCUUUUGAUGAAAGAGUUGGAAAAAAAAAGUUGAAUCUUUUUCUCUUGAGCAAGAUGUUGUAAACUCUAAUGUUAUAUCCCUGUCUGUAUGCUUCACAUGUUUAUAUCAUACACGUCUCGCUCUUCGGUCAAACGCAGUGGGCUCUGAGUACUAACUGACCCGGGACCGCCCCGCUCACCCUCCCUUCAUCUGAGACCAGCAGUACCGGUGUGUUUUAGGAAGCGGUGCGGUCCUGGUGCCAGAUCUGUUUGGCUGUCGGUGGAGAGCACUGGACCAGAAGAUGCACAGUAGCUCUGUCGUGUUUGUUUGUGUUGUAUUUAUUUCCAUUAGUCUCGCUUUUGACUCUGCAAUUAAAGCACCUUUUUAGUGGUUGUUUGAGGCCAGCUGUUUAAAGAACUUGACUGAUGAUUUGCUAAUUGCACCUUAUGCACCGUUUAAAACCGUGCACUAAGAAUAAAAUGCCCUGCAUUUAGAAGGACUGAUCCAGAUGUGGCGGCAGCUUUGUUGUCAAAUCCCAGCUGCUCCACUUAAAAUACUUCAAGCCAUGCAUUUUUGUAAGCACCAUAUUAAUCAUAGAUAGUCGAUGUUUCAGCAGUGAACAUUUUUUAUCGGAUAUAAAAAUAGACAAAAGUAAAUGUUGCAUGAAAAGGAUGAUAACUACAAAGUUUUAAUAAUCAUUCUAAUUCUAUAAGAAUAGAGAAGUCCACACUUAUUUACGUCAAUUAUUUUUUAAGAAUUUUUAAAUAUUUUAAUUAAUGUGCAUUAAUUUUUACAUGCACACCAUGAUGAAGUGAUUAAGAGUUAGUAGCACUAAAUUCUGAAUUAUUAAUCAUCCCUCUGGUUUGUGUCAGGAUUAUGAAAAUUUAGUUGCAUUUAUUUAUUCAGAAUCUGCCCCAAUUUGCAGCUGUACACGUUUUUUUAAAUAUCUACUGUCGAUGUGGUUUUGAUUUGCUUGUGUUUUAGUACAGCGUCUCUGAUCCAGCGCCCUCCACAGAGCCUUUGGCAAUCUGCAUGUGUUAUUUACAGAUUCUUUUCCAUUAUAAAAAACUAAAAUGUUUGUAAAGAGCAGCACCUGAUUGAAUAAAUGAUGUUCUUGACUGUA